AUGGAUAAAGUCAUGACAUCACCAAAUUAUAACUACAUUUCUUGGUUGAUGCCAUUGAAAGCUGAAAACUUCACAGUAGUCUGGGAGAUACUGGGCAGAAAUAUUGGCCUAUCUGAAUCAACUCCUAUCAUAAAUGAUGAUUAUUUCCGCACUUGGAAUCCAGGAAAGGCCUUUGAUCAGGUUUUAGAUCCAGCUAAAGACCCAUGCUUAAAGAUAAAAUGUAGUCGCCAUAAAGUAUGCAUUGCUCAAGAUUCCCAGACUGCUGCUUGCAUCAGUCACCGGAGGCUUACUCACAGUCUCAAGGAUCCAGGAGUUGUGGGUAAGCAAUGGAGGAGCUCGGUGCUAGCUCACUGCAAGUCAUGCCCAGUGGCCCGGCCCAGCCCUGUGUGUGGUUCAGACGGUCACAUCUACUCUUCACAGUGCAAACUAGAAUAUCAGGCCUGUGUCUUGGGAAAACUAAUCUCAGUCAAGUGCGAAGGUCGCUGCCCGUGUCCUUCGGAUGAGUCCACAAGUACUAGCAGAAGUGUUAAGAGAGUAUGUAGUGACCUGGAGUUCAGAGAAGUGGCAAACAGACUAAGGGAUUGGUUCAAAGCCCUUCAUGAAAGUGGAAGCCAAAACAAGAAGACUAAAGCCUUACUGAGGCCUGAGAGAAGCAGAUUUGAUACCAGUAUUUUGCCAAUUUGCAAGGAUUCUCUUGGUUGGAUGUUUAACAGACUUGAUACAAACUAUGAUUUGCUACUGGACCAAUCAGAACUUGGAAGUAUUUACCUUGAUAAGAAUGAACAGUGUACUAAAGCAUUCUUCAAUUCUUGUGACACAUACAAGGACAGUUUGAUAUCAAACAAUGAAUGGUGCUACUGCUUUCAGAGACAGCAAGAUCCUCCUUGCCAGACGGAGCUCAGCAAUCUCCAGAAGCGGCAAGGGGUAAAGAAACUCCUAGGACAGUACAUACCCCUCUGUGAUGAAGAUGGUUAUUACAAGCCAACACAAUGCCAUGCUAGUGUGGGGCAGUGCUGGUGUGUUGACAGAUAUGGAAAUGAAGUCAUGGGUUCCAGAACAAAUGGUGUUGCCAGUUGUGCUAUUGAAAUAGAAAUGUCUGGAGAUUUCGCAAGUGGAGACUUUCAUGAAUGGACUGAUGAUGAAGAUGAUGAAGAUGAGAUUAUGAAUGAUGAAGAUGAAAUUGAGGAUGAUGAUGAAGAUGAAGGGGAUGAUGAUGAUGAUGAUGAUGACCAUGAUGGAUAUAUUUGAUUAUUGAGAGCUGAGAUUAAUAAAUUAUACUUUCUAUUAUUUGCAGAGUGAUAGCCUAUUGACAAUUAUCUUCUGUCCCAAAACAAAAUAAUUCUAAACCUCACGUAUAUUUUGUAUAAUUAUUUCAAAUACUGCAACUAAAGUAAUAGAACUCUGUUUAAAUAAGAAUCAUAUACUUUAAGUUUUUAUAUGCCUUAGGAUAAAAGAAAUAACAUGUGAAAUCUAGCAAGCAAGACUGAAGCAAAUAAUGAAGAGCCACUGAGAUAGAUAUGUUUUCAUAAGUACAGAAUAUAUAAAUUUCCCACAGAUAAAACAAAAUGUGCUUAAGGUCAUUUGUAUUGAUUUACUGAGAGAAAGUCCAAGUUAAAUUUACAUUGACUUCUUAGAAAUGUCCCAAAUGCAUGAUUUUAAUUAUAGUCCCAAAGUAGUAUCUUGCCAAACAUACAGUGAGUUCAUGGAAACUGAGGGGAUUCCACAGGGUAAGGAAAACAAACGACAAUUAUAAAUUCCUGUAUUAUUUUACAUUAAUAAUCAUGUUUUAGUUAUUAAAUCAUCCUGAGUAUUAUAGGAAAUUUUAUGGUAACUAUCUUUUAAAUGGUAAGACCAUGGUUUCUGAAAGCUGAAAAGUUAGUUGAACUUUUUCAUUUUAAUUUUCAUUUUAAAUUGGAUGUCAGUCCCAUGUACAAUUCCUUUAUAUUCUUAAUUGCAUGUUUUCUUUACCUUUGUAGGUCACUUUUUUCUCUUUCUGACCAGCAACUUAGGGUGCAAGUUUAAAUAAGAAAAAAAUGCUAAAGACUCAUUAAAAUAUUUUCACAAAAAUUUGUCCUUGACCCAGUGUCAAAUUUGUAAGUCCUAAACCUUAUUUUAUUUCCUAUUUUAGAUUUAAAAAUUUGCAUUUAAUCUUAGAAUUCUGCCAUUUUCAUUUUUAGUGUCAAAAUUUAGAGAACGUAUUGUUAUGGUGCCUUGCAAAAUAGAAAUAGGAAGGUUUAGCAUGCAUACCAAUAUAGAAUAUUAGGCAAUAUAUAAGCACACCUAAUUAACAAAUUAAUGCCAGUAAAGGUACUGCUGCUGGAAUGAAGAAAAUGGAAUAUGUUUAUUUCUUUUCUUUUUCUAUUGUUACACAAUUGCCAUGUGGACUUGUUUAUGAUUACUGUGUAGAAUAGCAUUUAAAAUUUAACUGUAAAAUUCUGUUAGUUGCUAUAUUUAAGUUAGCAUGUUAAUUGAGUAAACUUUUUGGCACAUCGUCAUUUUUAAGUAUAUCAGACCUCUGAUUUUGUGCCCAUAAUCUAAAUGGAAAAAUCUGUUGAAUGUUACACUUUGGCAUCUUAUACAGCAAGUUAACUGGUUUCCCAAUAUUCAGUUCAUUGAACGUAAACUGGUAAAAUCUUUCCAUUUGAUUUAUAUACACUAAAAAAUGAAAUUUUAUUGUUGACUUUAUGUAAUACUUAAAGUAAAUGCAUUUUCUUUUUUACUGUUUAUGUAUAGUUUACAAAAUAAAGAAUCUUGUAACCAAA